AUGUCACAAGCCACUAAACGCAAGCAUGUCGUCAAGGAGGUUCUUGGAGACUAUGUCGUGCCAACGGAGAACCAACAGAUUGUAAAGGUGACUGGUAGCCGUGGUAACAACCUCCAUGAAACCGUCACAGCAACAGGCGAGAUAUUCCUUGUGAGCAUGCCCACAAAGUUCCGCAAGAACAUUUGGAUCAAAAGAGGUGACUAUGUGAUUGUGGAUCCAAUCGAGGAAGGUGAGAAGGUGAAGGCCGAAAUAAGCUCCAUUCUUUACAAAGAUCACAUUCUGUACCUGCAAAACCAUCAUCUUUGGCCCGAUAGCUUCAUGACUGAAGACAAGACGAAGCAAAAGACAGACCAAGAAAUUAACGCCAAGGAGAAAGACCCAGAGGAAGCUAGCGAGAGUGACUCAGAUGACAAUGAGGAUGACUUGUUUGUAAACACCAACCGUUCGACCUACCAGUACACUGAGAGCGAAGAUGAAGACGACACAAACUGA